AUGCCGCACAUUCCAUCCACAAACUCAAGUCUCGAGGAUGAAUGCUACGAUGCGAUCCGCAAAUUCUUUGAUGACCUCGAGGCCGACGAAAGUGUCUUAUUCGAGGCUACAAAUAAGUCGCAGCAGUUAUUAGACGACCUUCGAGAUGUCGACAAUAAACACAAGACGUCCAUCUCAAGAAGGAUUGCGCCAAAGCUGAAAGUCUUUGUUGCUGGCGUCGAACAGUUUGGAUCGGCCUUGGAUAUCGUCGCGGGUUCCAUCUCGCUAAUGAGUCCUAUUUGGGCUUCAGUACGCAUUGUUCUCAAGGUCAGCAUCGCCCGUUCCGGUUACCUCCCACUGAGAUGCAAGAGAAACAUUUCUAACUAG